UUAGGAAGAAACAUGAGGUUCUCUUGGAGACUAUUCAAGAGGAAGAUGGAAGGGGCCGCUUAAAAGAGAUUAAAAGCUGCAGACCGCAAGACUGGGGCCAGAGGGCUGGCAGUGGAAAACCCUACUGGGUUGUGACCUCUCUCUGAAAAGUUCUACGUGCCUUUUUGCUUCCUGCAAAAGAAAAGAAGAGAAGGAAAAGACCAUGUCCAUAGCCUUGAAGCAGGUGUUCAACAAGGACAAGACCUUCCGGCCCAAGAGGAAAUUUGAACCUGGCACACAGAGGUUUGAGCUCCACAAACGGGCUCAGGCGUCCCUCAACUCAGGUGUGGACCUGAAGGCGGCUGUGCAGCUGCCCAGUGGGGAGGACCAGAACGACUGGGUGGCAGUGCACGUCGUAGACUUCUUCAAUAGGAUCAACCUCAUCUACGGCACCAUCUGUGAGUUCUGUACCGAGCAGACCUGCCCUGUGAUGUCAGGGGGCCCCAAAUAUGAGUAUCGGUGGCAGGAUGACCUCAAGUACAAGAAGCCAACUGCCCUACCAGCUCCCCAGUACAUGAACCUCCUUAUGGAUUGGAUCGAGGUCCAGAUCAACAAUGAGGACAUAUUUCCAACAUGUGUGGGUGUCCCCUUCCCAAAGAACUUCCUUCAGAUCUGCAAGAAGAUCCUGUGCCGCCUUUUCCGAGUCUUUGUCCACGUCUACAUCCACCACUUUGACCGGGUCAUUGUGAUGGGCGCGGAAGCCCAUGUCAACACCUGCUACAAGCACUUCUAUUACUUCGUCACAGAAAUGAACCUCAUAGACCGCAAGGAGCUAGAGCCUUUGAAAGAGAUGACGAGCAGGAUGUGUCACUAACGCCCCACGUCCCCUUUGGAAGACAGAGGAAAGCUCUUCCCCCCUGGAGCCCUGUGCCGCAGGAGGGAGCCCUCCCCCAGCCAAAAUGGCACCUGCUUCCAGGAGCAGGAAAGGUGGAGAGGAGCGGUGAUUCCUGAGAGAUUCCUGAGAGACGUUCCCCACUCACCCCGUGUGCUCUUAACCCUCUGAGUGCUGCUAGCCACGGCCUGUGGACCUGUCUGACCACGGAGUGCGGGGAAGGACCGCCCCUCCCCCUGCUGGCUCUCAAGUGCCCUGAGGAAGCCUCUGCACUUACGUGUGCGUCACAGUCUGCCUGUGACCUGCCGCCUAAGCUUUACGGAAUUCAGGUUUUGAGACUGAGACACUUACUUGUACUUUCCCACUCCUGUCUUGUCAACUGGCCGACUUUUCUGUACCGUGUCUUCUAAAUACCGGGUGAAUUUUGGAACUCUGGUUGAGCAGCAAGUUUGUCUAUAACAAGCCUUCCUUUCUGGUCUUUGAAAGCGUCCACCCUGGUCUCAUUCUAUGGUUUAACUUCCUGCAGGACCAUGAAGCCUUGAAGAGAUCUGAGACCCCCACACUGCAGCCUCAGCAAGAAUUCCCUAAGAGGCAGUUUUAUCAGGGAUCUCCCAUGACCCCAGACAAACCUUAACUAUGGGGAAGGGCCUGGCUGCUAGCAUAAAGCUGAUGGGUUAGCAGUUAACUCUGAAUAGAAUGUGCUUUUUUAAUAGCCACACCAUUCCUUGUCUCUUCUGUUCAAUUUUUCUUCCUGUUUCCCAGAAGAGAGGAAUAAAAGGAAGUUAUAAAUGACCAAGAAUGAUCAGCAAAAGCUCUGAGCCAGAUUAGUGCAGUGUUUGUUCUUGAGCAAAGGGUAGGGAGUUCUGGCUAUCUCUACAUAAUACUGAAAUUUCAGUGAAAAAAAAUUAAAUAAGUGCCAUUGGCUCUUUGGUACACGUAGCUCAGACACCCAGCUCAUUGGCUUGUCACCUUCCCAGCUGGCCCUCUGAGCUCCUACGUCCAGCCCGUGUCUUCUUUCUCUUCCUCUGCACACCCCCUCCUCGACCGUAUUAUUUUAGGGCACAGAAUUAAUUUCUGCCCCUAUGAUUGUGCCACAGUUGCCAAGGCAACCGUGUAACUGGAGCUAACGUCCUUCUUCCAUUCCUUCCCAGUUUUCCUAUUCCAGUAAACAGAAUAACACAUUCUGUGCUACGUCCUGCCUUUUGAAACCCAAGUGAGUCUUAGCUGAAGAAACGUUGCCUUCUCUGCUGCAUUCACGGAACUGGUGGUGGUCACGGGAGCCUGUGAUCCGAGGGUGAUAAUACUCCGGCGAUCUUUGGAAUCUGACAAAAUAGCCGUUGGUGGAGGGAAGUAGAUAAGAAUGUAUUAGUGCAUUUUAAUGUAACACCGAUUAAAGAAUAACUAAACAA